AUGGACUUUUUUCUAGUUGAUGCUAGAGGAAAUAGCUUUUACAAAGAAAGGAAAAUUGUUGGUCUUGAUCCAGCUUAUGAUUUAUCUAUUUUAAAGGUUGGUGUUGAGGGCUUUGAACUAAAACUUAUUUUGCUUGGCAUUUCUCGUGAUUUACGUGUGGGCCAAAGCUAUUUUGCCAUUGGGAAUCCCUUUGGAUACAAGAACACCCUAAUGACGAGGGUAGUUAGUGGGUUAGGCAAAGAGAUACCUUUCCCAAAUGGAAAGGCUAUUCGAGAAGCAAUUCAAACAAAUGCUGCUAUUAAUGCAGACAAUUCAUAUGGGCCAUUGAUGGAUUCCUAUUGUCAUGUCAUCGGAGUUAAUACAACAACUUUACUCAAAAAAGGAACAGGAGUUUCCUCUAGUGUGAACAUUGCAAUACUAAUCGACACUAUUGUGCGAACUAUACCUUACCUUCUUGUAUAUGGAACACCAUAUAGUGACAGGUUCUAA